UUCCCUCUGCACGUGCUCGACUGCCCUCCUGCGCGUGCAUGAUUCCAGAAUAUGUCAGAGUGAAGACCGUUAGACUCGAGCAGUAUGCCUAUAUUGUCAUGGCCUGAGGCGGCGCGAGAGCGAGACCUCCAAAGAUACUACCGCCCAUGGCUCGAUGCGCAGAGCCUCGUCGACAGCGCCGUCGGCAUCGGAGAGAAGGGCCUCACCAAUGUGGGCUACCAGCCUGAAGCCUCGCGCGACAAGAGCUUGACUGCCUUCGCCCAGCUCGCCGCCUUCCGCCUCGAUGUUCGCCGCUGCAUGGUGUCGCUGAUCGACUCGAACCGCCAGUACAUCCUUGCCGAGGCCACCAAGACCGUUUCGCUGUUCCAAGCGCAGGCAGAGCGCCCCGAAGACGACGUCUGGCUGGGCAACGCUGUGCUCAACAAGACCGACGCUGUGUGCUUCCACACCUUCUCGUCGACGUACACGGCCAAGGAGGAGAAUGGCGACACGGUUACCGCCGAGUGCAUGGUCAUCCCAGACUGUCGACUGGACCCUCGCUUUGCAGACAAGGACUAUGUUAAGAGUGAGCCAGGCGUGAGGUUCUAUGCGGGCGUUCCUAUCAUCACCAAGGCAGGGCACCGCAUUGGUGUAUACGCCGUCUCAGACGAGCGACCCCGCGAUGGCCUCGGUGCCGCCGACAUGCGGUUCAUGCAGGACGUCGCCGCAGCCGUUAUGGAGCACCUCGAGCUUGCCAAGGACAGUGACGACCGCGUAAAGGGCGAGCGUAUGGUUCGCGGCCUGCAACAGUUCAUCGAACGUUCCUCGGUCGCCGACAUGCGAGACGAAGCCGGACCCAGAAUGUCCACCAUGGAACGCCAGACGGAAAACGCACGCCUCCAGACACUCGAGGAAGAUGAGGCUUCCGGCACCGUAACGCCUUCGACCGCUACCAAACACGCCCAGCGCAAGGCGCAUGCCGAAUCUGACACUGCUCGUAUCUUUCAUAGGGCAGCACGUAUCAUGCGCCAAUCCACCAUGGCAGACGGUGUGGUUUUCUUCGACACAUCAGCAGCCGGCAUCAAGGGCGGUCUCUACGACGAUGGCAACUCCGUAGCAAGCAGCGACGAGAGCGUUACGAACAACACCACCGACUUCGACACCGCUGAUUCGACCGCAACCGCCAGACGACGCAGGAGGCAAAAGGUCACUUUUGGCGGGGACGCCCCAGAACACAGGAGCCCAUCGUCCGAGGCUGAUAGCAAGGCUUGCCCUGUCGUCGGUCUUUCGAUACGCCAAGGCACCGGCAAUGCUGCCAUAGCUCAGAAAGAUUUCGCUUUCAAUGAAGCAGCUAUGGAGCGCUACAUCCACCGCUAUCCGUUCGGCAAGUUCUUCAACUACAACGAGGAAGGUGUCGGCAUCAACUCGAGCGACGAGAAAUCAGAGCGCUCGGAGACCGACCAGUCAGAUCGUACGGCAACAUCACCUAAUGGACAGCCCCGGAGGAGAAAGCGAAGGGAGAGGUUCAUUCCCACAGAAUUUUUAAAAGUACUGCCCAACGUUCGAACGCUCAUCUUCUUACCUUUGUGGGAUCCUUCAUCCGAGCGCUGGGUCGCUGGAGGCUUUAUCUGGACUACCCAAGCUGGAAGGCUGAUGAGCCCUGAGAACGAGCUUCCUUACCUCCAGGCCUUCGGAAACAGUAUUACCAGCGAAGUGGCACGCCUGAGUGCGCAGAAAGCGGAUCGAGCCAAGACUACCUUCAUUGCUUCCAUCUCUCACGAACUUCGAUCGCCCUUACAUGGCAUCCUUGGAUCAGUGGAGUUUCUUCGUGAUACCGUCGCUUCAGCGUAUCAGGAAUCACUGGUCUCUUCUAUCGAGACUUGCGGUAAAACGUUACUAGACACCAUCGAUCACGUCCUAGAUCAUGCUAAGAUCAACAAACUGCGCAACACCGGAGCACGCAGGAAACAGCGAGGCGCUGAAGGCCGAACGAAGAGACUGCCAUCGGACAAUUCCAUUCUCGGUGUUACAGCCGAUUUCGACCUGGCUCAGCUCAUUGAGGAAGUCUGUGACACGGUCUGCGCCGGACACACCUUCCGUCAAACGCACAGUAUCAACGCAGUUGCUACAGACGUCGACACUGAAAAGGUUGGCGUGAGCGGAGUGACAGGCGAAGAAAGUCCCACUGCGGAGAACGGCACGCUUGUUGUUGGCAAAGACAACCGGUCUGUCAUCGUUUCGCUGAUCGUAGCGCCGUACGUCAGCUGGGCCGUCCGUUCACAGCCGGGUGCCCUUCGAAGAAUUGUCAUGAAUCUUCUGGGAAACGCUCUGAAGUACACCGACUCUGGCUUUGUUGCCCUCAACCUGAUCCAAUCCGGAAGUACUUCGCAACAUAUCAACCUGUCUCUGACCGUAGAGGAUUCCGGCCGCGGAAUGUCUGCUGAUUUCCAGAAGACGAAGCUCUUCUCGCCUUUCAGCCAAGAAGACCCAUUUGCGUCAGGUACUGGUCUGGGCCUCAGCAUUGUCAAGCAGAUCGUGGAGUCUCUCAGGGGCGAGAUCACUGUCAAGAGUACUGUGAAGGUCGGCACCCAGAUUCAAGUUACGCUGCAGCUGCCCGUUGGUCAAAGUGAGACCACGAAGCAUAACCAGUACCUUCUGCAAGCCCCAGAGGCGCUCAAGGGAGCUUCGGUCAGCAUUCUGUGCGAAUGCGACUCCAUCGGUGGCCAGCGUGGUAUGAAAGUCAAGGAGUCCAUGCAGAACGCUUGUAGUGGCUUCAACAUGGAUAUACUGGACAUCUACGACCCCAAUCUUUCGAGCAAGAAGGUGGACUUCCUCUUGACUGAUACGUCAUCUCUUGAUCGACUGCUACAGGAGUCAAGCCCCAGCUGGGUCAAUGAGACACCUCUUACCGUAGUGUGUGUCUGCACAGACACAGCUGAGAAGACGGCCCUGGAGAAACGACUUGGAAGGCAGAUCGAUGCUCUGGGUUGGACAGCAGAGGUUCUCACUCAACCAUGUGGACCCCGCAAACUCGCCCGCACCCUACUCCAAUGCCAGAAGCGAGCCCACAAAGCAAACAGCGAUCGCCAGAUAACCCGCUCCAUGACUGCGCUUGGUCUACACCAUCACCAAACUCUUGCUCCUCCUGGCGCCUUGACCGAGGAACAGCGCAGCAUAAGCGAUAGCAUCACGGUCCAGUCCCCCAGCGAGGACUCCGCCGUCACUAUGUUUGGCGCACCCUCACCGCCCCCUAUCCUCCCCUUCUCCUCGACCAUCACCCCACCCCAGUCCAUCACACCUUCGUCUCCUGCGCCAACGGAAGGGAACGAAUACUUCAACCCAUAUGUGCUGCUCGUCGAUGACAACGCAAUCAACCUCAAGCUCCUCGUCGUCUUCGCCAAGCGGCAAAAGCUGCGCUACUGCGAGGCAAUGAACGGGCUGGAGGCGUUCGAGACCUACAAGUCAGAAGCCAUGUCUACAACGCCUGCGACGAGGCCGUUUGACUUUAUCUUGAUGGACAUCAGCAUGCCGAUUAUGGAUGGUCUUGCGAGCACUCGAAAUAUCCGGAAGUUCGAAAAGGAGCACGACCUGCCGAGAAGUCACAUUGUUGCAUUGACUGGACUGGCAAGUGCGCAAGACCAGCAGGACGCACAUGAUGCCGGCGUUGACAUGUAUCUUGUCAAGCCGGUCAAGUUCGCGGAUAUCAAGAGGAUCUUCGGGGCACGAUGAGAGGCGUAAAGCUUAGGCAGGCGGAGUUGUGGAUUGAGUGGGCAAGGGUGCAAAAGUCUCAAAUGUUUCCUUCGUCAGCAUUUCUUUGGGCGUCCUGCAUUGUCACGAGCAUACGCGUUGGAGUUGGUGGGUCAUGCA